CGCGAUCUUCCAAGAUGGCGGCGACCGGGCGCCCGUGCCCUUGCGUGUCAUUGACAGGCAAAGUUCGGCCCGCCGACAGUUACCGCACGGCCGUCGCGAGCGUACACGUCUCGUCCGGGCUGUCCCCUCGCCGAUCGCGGCCAACGGAUUAACCUCGACCGUCCGGCGUCUUGUUUCUCAUCGUUUCUUCGCUCUGUCGGUUGCAGCACGCCCGCGGACAGCACCGUGCCGAGCAUGACAACCGCGACGUCGGUGACGAGCCUGACGGUGAGCAGCCGGGCGUACGAGGGCCAGAAGCCGGGCACCUCGGGCCUGCGGAAGGCCGUCAGGGUCUUCCAGCAGGAGCACUACACGGAGAACUUCGUGCAGGCGAUCCUGCACGCCCUGGGCGAUCAGCUGACCGGCUGCACCCUCGUCGUCGGCGGCGACGGGCGGUUUUACGGCAGGGAGGCGGUGGCGAAGAUCAUCCGGAUCGCCGCGGCGAACGGGGUAAGAAAGUUAAUAGUUGGUCAAAAUGGCAUUCUCUCGACGCCGGCGGUGUCGACUAUAAUACGAAAAUAUAAAACGCAAGGUGGGAUCGUCUUGACUGCGUCGCACAAUCCCGGUGGCCCCGACGCCGACUUCGGCAUUAAAUUCAAUUGCGACAACGGCGGCCCCGCUCCGGACAACGUGACGAACAGGAUCUACGAGAUCACCCAGACGCUCCAGUGUUACAAGAUUGUCCCCGACAUUGGCGUGGAUAUCGACAAGGUGCAGAGUAUCUCCGUCGACGUGGACGGCAGGCCGUUUGCCGUCGACGUAAUUGAUUCCGUCGACGACUACGUGGAGCUUAUGAGGGAGAUUUUUGACUUUGCGAGUAUUAAAAAGCUGCUGCAAGGCGGCGCGGACCGGCCGGCGUUCAAGGUUCUCAUCAAUUCGAUGAACGGAGUUACGGGGCCGUACGUGAAGCGAAUAUUUAGCACCGAAUUAGGUGUCGAUGACACAUGCUUAGUGAAUGUGAAGCCGUUAGAAGAUUUCGGUGGUCUACACCCCGAUCCAAAUUUAACUUAUGCCAAAGAUUUAGUGAAUGCUAUGAAGGAAGGACCGUACGACUUCGGCGCGGCUUUCGACGGAGACGGAGACAGAAAUAUGAUCUUAGGCAGGAAAGCUUUCUUCGUCACUCCUUCCGAUUCCUUAGCGGUGUUAGCUGCUAAUCUAAAAUUAAUUCCGUAUUUCCAAACGACUGGCGUUAGAGGAUAUGCUAGAUCAAUGCCAACGGCUGCGGCUGUCGAUAGAGUCGCCGCUAAAAAUGGGGCGAAAUUCUUCGAGGUUCCCACUGGAUGGAAGUACUUUGGAAAUCUCAUGGAUGCUGCAAAUCUGUCGCUAUGCGGAGAGGAGAGUUUCGGCACCGGUUCCGAUCAUAUCCGCGAGAAGGAUGGAAUAUGGGCGUGUCUGGCGUGGCUCAAUGUAAUCGCGGGACUGGGAAAAUCUGUGGAAAACAUUUUAUUGGAUCACUGGAAAGUUUAUGGGAGAAAUUUCUUUACUAGAUACGAUUAUGAGAAUUGCGACUCCGCGUGCGCGGAUAAAAUGAUGCAGAGUAUCGAGGCCCUGAUUCAGAAGCCAGAUUUUAUCGGCAGGAAGCUGCAGUGCGAAGGUAAAGAGUAUAUCGUUAAGCAGGCGGACAAUUACUCCUACACGGAUCCUGUCGAUGGUAGCAAAGCUACGAAACAGGGAUUGCGGAUAUUGUUUGCGGACGGCUCCCGCAUAAUAUUCCGCUUAUCCGGGACGGGAAGUUCUGGUGCCACUAUCCGUAUGUAUAUCGAUAGUUACGAGGAUGAUCCGGUUACUUUCGUGAAAGACGCACAACUGGUCUUAAAACCUUUAAUUAAUAUCGCGCUAGAAUUAAGCGAACUCCAUAAGCAUACUGAUCGCAACGCGCCUACUGUGAUUACGUAAAGAGUUCGCUCGUCGCACGUUCUCGCGCUCUUCCGUCGCGGAACUCGCUUAUCUCUCAUUCAACAUUAUCUCUCGUUUGUCCAAGGAGGUUUAACAAUGCGAGAAUCAGUCUUGGGUAUACAAAUUCAUUUGGAUUCUAGAGGUUCGGCCGAUUUCAUUGUCAAAAUCACAGGGCAAUAGCAUAAUAAUCGUCACUGGCGCGCCACUGACGGGAUUUUCCAUUUUUAUAAAGCGUUACCGAUUUGUGAUUCCAUCCAUAUGAUAUACAUACUGUGCGUAUUGGACGAGAACUAUUCAGUAUGCAUAUCCGAGUAGCAAUUGUGGAAGAAACGUUUCAAGAUCUAUCAGGAUCUCUAACUAGAUAUCUAACGUAGAUGUUAUUGCUCGCGUCCUCUUUGCGUCUCUCUCCGUUUCAAGUCAAUCGUGAGAGGAUGCAAUUUAAACUUAUUUAAAUCUUCAACUUUUGAGUGUACGAAAAAUAUUGAUUUUGCCCCCCUCGGACGCGCGCGGCGCGAGCAUCGAGAGGCGGCUUCGUCUCUACUGAAUAAUCAGGGAUGAUUAUUGGGUAGAAAUUUUAUUGAUAAUUUAUCUAUAUCGCUCGUACGUUUAUAUGUAUGAGUUUUAAUAAGCACUAAAACUGCUUAUCGUGUAUCGUAAUAUGAAUAUAUCGGGUAGCGCACGUAGACACUCUACUUGUGCUGCAAAAUCAUCUUUGGGAAAGUGUUUCGUGACGUAACCAUUGUGUUAAACAAUGAUAUUGUUGAUAUGCAAUAAUCUAUCCACUCGUUACCGCGGCAUGUAAUAAAAAGAAAAGAAAUGCAGUUUACUGUGUCAAAUAGAGAAUGCGUAGAUAUUCUUCAGAAGAAGCUGAGCACAAAAAAAGAACCGUCUUGUACUUAUCUGUCGUGAAAAAUCACGUUGUCCGUACGUUAAUCCGGCGAUGAUGUGCAUCCUUUUGCCAAUAGCUGACACUAAGAUCGAUGAGGAAACUUUCAUCGUUGUCACAUUUAUUUCGCAGCCAUAAAAUUGCAAUGACGCAUAAAUGAAUGUCACCACGUGCAUUCCGGUAUGUAAAAAUAUAAUUUGUAAAAAUCACGACUUUGAAUGGGAAAAAUGGGUACAUUGUCAAUCUUCCAAAGCUUAUGUCUAUCCGCGAUUUACGUCUGACGUUUGUUCUAUAAUUUCCAUUCGCAUUUUCACCCACGAGUUCUACAGUGAAAAUACUAUCUAAUGCUUGAUUCGAUGCUCUGGAAACAUAAGUUUAGUUAAGACGAAUAAAGUUUGGACCCGAUCCGAUUGAUACACCGUGGAGAGGGAGAAUUAUUCGGUUACUCGUUGAUAAUUUUAUUAACCGCGAAAUGUCACAGGCAUAGAGGGACUGGGAUUCACUGUCAGAUAGCAUAGUAUUGGAGGAUUAACAAAAGCGUAAAUUCGAUAUUGAAGGACCAGUCUUUCCAACGUUCAUCAAAUCGACCUUAUCGCUCUGUCUGCAUUAUAGCCGAUGCUACUACGAUCCAGGCAGAUACGUAAGAUAUUUACUUGUCAAAUAAACUACUAAACAUUUUGCCCAAGGAUGGAACGACUGGCCCUGUGAAGUGAAUGUAGCGUAAUGGAUAAUAAUAAGCGGCUUUAAUUCUUUUCUGCUUUACGAGGUAAACCUUUUAUUAACAAAUUAAGUCAUCUUAAUAGCGGAUCUCUAAAGGGAGACGUCACUGCGAUCCGCAAUGUGACGCUACUUUCAAAUUUCAACGAUGUAUUCUCGGAAAUCCUUUUUUUCCAACGUCCAGGUUUUGUUAUGUGAAAAAUGACAUUUUUGAGUCUCACGUUGUAGAUUUAUUUGUAUCGGUAAAUUUAUAUUUAAAUUGGAGGAGUGGGGAAGGUAUAAGUCCUUUUGCACUUCGUCUUGUACAGUAGCAUAUGUAAAACCGCCUAUGUAAAAUUUACACUAUUUAUUGCAAACACGAGCAUAAUACGAAGAGAAUAUUAAAAUUUAAAGGAAAGGUACAUUGAAGUUUUUGUAGAUAGUAGUGUACAACUGUAAGAAUCUUUUUCGUUUCUAUCGGAGCAGUCAUCCAUUUGUUCUUUCGGAAACUUUCGCACGUUUAUCAAUACCGCGCUAAGCUGGCCAUUUCAUUGUGAUACGAAACUCCCCUCGCUGCUGCGAAUCGCAUUUAAACGGCGUAUAUACAGUUUACCCGCAAACCGCCCUUUUCUCAUUCUCGUUACACCAUUCCGUUACCAUCGUGCGACCUUUCUACAAAAACAUACCUUGUUACUUUGCCAUCUCGGUUCUGACAUUCGAAUAUCGAAAGAAGCAUGGAUGCUUAAAGUCGGUGAACUCACCAAAACCUGAGAAAUAGCCAGCGGGAGGACCUUGUCACAAUUUCUCAGAAUUUGUGGGCGACCCCAGAUAUAGCGAUGUAGGUUUGCAAAUUCGAGUUUGGCGCGAUGCUCAGCGUCUUACAGAGUUUCUCAAGUGAGCAGCAUAUUCGCGAAACGGCACUGCCGUUUACGGAAAUCCGUGUAUCUGCGUUUCGUUGCGCGACACGCUUUGUUUCGAGGCCGUGCGCGGGCAACGUAAUUCGCUGAGUAUCCCGUUAAGAUUAAUCGAUAGAAUAGAAUACGUUAACGAACUUGUACAAAGACCAGUAGGAUGAUCAGUGAGGAAAGAAUUGAAUUUUUCUUUCGGGGAGGGAACAAAAGUCGCGAACAGCCAGUUGGCGCGAAAUUCUAUAAGUAACAGUAUAUCUCCACGUAAGAAGAAUUGAACAAUAGAUAGAUAAUACGAAACACGUUCGAUAGGUAUUAUUGUAUCUCGCGAAUGUUAAUGGACGCCUCGGCUAUCGACCAUUAAUUGACAGCCGCGCAAAGCGUAUUAUGUUACUUGUUUCCCCUUCGUUACUUUUUCGCUUCGUCUUUGCUUCUUUCUUUUGUACGAUAUUUCACUGCGGGUAUCGAAAGUAAUCACGUAAGCGCGUUUUGUGCCGUGGGGCAAAAAAAAACGCGCGAUUCACGACUCACGUUUCAUUUCGAAUCAGAGUAAAAAUUUCACCGUGUGGCCCGGCGUGGACGGCACGCCGCGGGGAUAGGUAAGAAUCCGGAGCAGGAGCGACGUAAACGUUUCCGUUUUUCUUUUCCUUCCGUGAAUAAAUGCAACGUAUUACGGAGAGAUUUCGCAAGGCAAUUAUGUAAAUAGUUGACGGUGAAGGAGGGGAAGGAGAAGGAGGAGAUACUUAGGGACCUGAGCCGACACACGCCCCCGUUUGAUCUGUCGAUUACGUUCUAGAAGAGUGCGUGCGGAAGGAAGGAAAGAAGAGAGAGAGAGAGAGAGAGAGAGAGAGGGAGGGAAGUGGAUGCUCCGAGUGCUCUCUAGAACGUAAUAAAGAUUACUUAACGCGGUGGCGAUGUCACAGAGACCAGCACAGAGACUGCCGAUUACUAUAAAGAUAUUAACAUGUAACAUUUGUAUCAUAAUCAUAAUAAAUACUAAUUAUCAUUAUAAGUAUAUGAAUGAGUGGCUGCUCGGAAUGCACGUGGUAAUAAUUCACCGCUCUGCUCCAUGCGUUUUACCUUCGUCGUUCCAAUCGACGCUGCGUUUCCCAAAUGCCGAUUCCGACCAAGGACCUGACGUAUUAAUAAACUCCAAGACACGCGUUCCGUUCAUCAAUGUUGAUCUAAUCUCCGUGGUGUCAGCGAAUUGUGUAAAGAUGCAUAUUAUCGUACCCUUGCUCUUUUUUUCGGCGGUCUAGCGCCAGAUGCGACCAUCCUGAUCUUCAAUUCUCGCGUGCACCUUAAAUGCGAUCUUCGGUAUUGCAAGCAGAAACUGAACACCGAAACACGAAGACUAAAUAGCGAAGGUAUAUUGUAAAUCUGAUUUCCAUCUUGGUUGUGUCAUACGAAAAAUACCGAUGUGCAUAGCCGGUCGUUUUUAAACCGUUUGCGAACGCCGGUUGUGAAUAAAACUCAAGGGUCGGAUGUGUCGCAUCUACGUUGAACCGACGUAGCGAAGAUCCCUACGCAUUUGCGAUUACGCGAACGCGCCCUUACGUUAAGGCGAUUAUUAUGUUCAAGUGAUUCGUACAAAGUGGUGACGACUAAUCCGACUUUUAAUAAAGUUUAUCUCAUUACAACGAA